AUGUCCUCUGAUGAAAAUGUCUCUUACCUCGACUCGGAGGAAAGUUAUCGUCCAAAUGGGGAUGAACAGAGCAGUGACGAUGAUUCGGAUGUGCCUAGCACCUCGACUGGACGAAGAAUUUCCAAAACUAAAUCCAAAAACUCCAAGAGGAGAUCAUCUUCACCUUGUGUAUUCACUUCUACUCCAAAAAACUACUCCAGCCAUAGACUUAGCAGAUCACUUCCAAGAAUGCCAUCAUUUGAAUCUUUACCCCAGGCUGGUCAGAGUUCAAGUCCAAAGUUCACUCCAGGUGAAGAGGCUAUUAUGCAGUAUUUAAAAACAAUUGAAAACAAGAUAGACACACUUCAAGGUGAAAUGAAAUCUCUGAGGGAAGAGGGAAUCAAAGAAAAGGGGAAAAGGAGAGAAGAACAGCAUCUUUAUGUUCCUCCAAAAAUUAGAACAGCCGUACAUGAUGCAUACAAGCAACUUGUUGAAGAGGAUGGCUAUGCUGCUUGGCAGACCAAGCUUGGAGACGUUAAGCUGAAAGUAUCAUCCGAAGUGAACAAGGCCACCACACAGGCUGUGAAACAGUUUGUAAAAGGGCUUUAUCAUGAUGUGCAGGAGGGAAUUUUACAGGCUGCAGUAGCUAGAUAUUUUGAGUCUAUGGCUCAAAAAGAACACAAGGAAAAAACGGGAAAAGUUGAGGACCACAAAAACAAAAUGCUCCACUACAGCAGGAGGAAGAGGAAAUUGCAGUGGAGAAAAACAAUGGUGGAGAAAAAGACGGGUUGGGAUGAGGCAAAAAAGCUGAAAGUAUCUGAUGCCCUUGAAUUAUCCUACAUGUCAUCAGAGGAGGAGCAUAACUCUGAUGACGAAUGUUUCCUCAGAACAAAACCCCUUACUUGGAGAUUAGAGGAAUACCUCAAAAUCCUCAAUGAACUUGACAUCAAAUAUGAAAGAACCAUGUCGAAACGUUCUCGAAGACAGAUGAUGAAAAGUGUUAAAGGAGAUGUUCCAUCUGUAAGGCAAAAACCCACUCAUGUUAAAAAGGAGCAUGAGUGGGUGUUUGCUCAUUGAUUG